AUGGACCAUGAUCGAGGCAUGGGAAACAGUCGUUACCGCUAUGAGGAGGAGGAGGACCAUCAGUCUAUCUACAUUGGUGUGCCAGUGCCUCGCGGUUACCGUCGCAAACGCAGGCGGAGACGUUCGUCCAUGUCAAGUCGUGAUGCAGAUGUAGAUCGAAGACUUCGACAUGACCAUCACAGACAUGAACACUACGAAUGUGACGACAGAGACCGCUAUGACCUAGAGGUGGGAGGCCUGGAUCAAGCAGAACACAACCUGCCACCAGACAUCAACAGAACCAUGUCCCCAGCGGCAGAGCGGCUGCGCUAUAUUUUGGGGGACGAUGAGGAGACCAUGCCUACACCUACUCUCUUUACUGAGAUGGACACACUGCAGCAUGAGGGAGACGAGCUGGAGUGGAGAGAAUCAGCGAGGUGGGUGAAGUUUGAGGAAAAAGUUGAGGAGGGUGGAGAGAGAUGGAGCAAACCACACGUUUCCACACUGUCCCUGCACAGCCUGUUUGAACUGCGGACAUGCCUGCAGACCGGCACCGUGCUGCUGGACCUGGAGGGAUACUCGCUCCCACAGAUCGUCGAUGACAUCAUCGAUCGUCAGGUAGAGGAAGGGUUGAUCGGUCCUGAUUUGAGAGACAAAAUCAGCUUUGUCCUGCUGAGAAAGCACAGACACCAGACUAAAAAGCCCAUCCAUCGCUCCCUUGCGGAUUUGGGCAAGUCUGGUUCAGGAGGCACUCGGAGUCCUGCCCGAACCCCUGCCCAGGCAGCAAAUUUUAACCGCUCUACUGAAGAUCUGCGCACCAAACAAGCAGCAAACUAUGGAAGACUACGCCAUGCUCAAAGCAGGAGUAUGAAUGACAUCGCCGACACACCAAGCACAGACCAGCUGAAGAAUAAGUUCAUGAAGAAAAUCCCCAGAGAUGCAGAGGCAUCCAAUGUUCUGGUGGGAGAAGUGGACUUCUUAGAAAAACCCUUUGUUGCCUUCGUUCGUCUGUCUCAGGCCACCACUCUUGGAGGUCUGACAGAAGUUCCAGUGCCCACCAGAUUCUUGUUUGUUUUACUUGGACCUCCUGGCAAAGCCAAAUCUUACAAUGAAAUCGGACGGGCCAUUGCUACUCUCAUGGUGGAUGAUCUCUUCAGUGAUGUAGCAUAUAAAGCCAGAGACCGGGAGGAUCUGAUUGCUGGCAUCGAUGAAUUCCUGGACGAGGUCAUUGUGCUUCCACCUGGAGAGUGGGACCCCAAAAUUCGCAUAGAGCCCCCCAAAAAAACUCCCUCAGCAGACAAAAGGAAAUCUGUAUUUUCCCUCAAUGAGCUGGGUCAGAUGAACGGGACGGCAGGAGGCGGAGGGCCUAUUGAAGAGGAUGAGGAGAUGCCUGUUCCACAUGAGCUCGGUGAAGAGUUGGCUUAUACAGGGAGGUUCUGUGGCGGCCUUUUUCUUGAUAUGAAGCGGAAGCUCCCCUGGUACCCAAGCGACUUUUACGAAGGUUUCCACAUUCAGUCCAUCUCUGCGGUGCUCUUCAUCUACCUGGGCUGCAUAACCAAUGCAAUCACCUUUGGGGGCCUUCUAGGGGAUGCCACAGACAAUUACCAGGGUGUGAUGGAGAGUUUUUUGGGCACCGCUUUAGCAGGAACAGUAUUCUGCGUUUUUGGCGGUCAACCCCUUAUUAUUCUCAGCUCAACAGGGCCCAUCCUCAUCUUCGAGAAACUGCUUUAUGAAUUCAGCAAAAAUAAUGCGAUUGAUUACAUGGAGCUCCGGCUGUGGAUUGGCAUUCACUCCUGUGUUCAGUGCUUUAUCCUGGUGGCCACGGAUGCCAGUUACAUCAUAAAGUACAUGACACGCUUCACAGAGGAGGGCUUCUCUAGUCUCAUCUCCUUCAUCUUCAUCUCUGACGCCAUCAAGAAGAUGGUGGGCUCCUUUAAAUAUUACCCCAUCAAUACCGACUUCAAACCGGACUACGUUACGGCCUACAAGUGCGAGUGUGUGGCACCAGACCCGAUCCCAGUGCCAGAUAAUUCCUCUGCUCUCUUUGGUUUCAAUAUUACAGCUCUGGACUGGACUCAGUUGAGUAAGAAGGAGUGUGUGAAGUACGGAGGCUCACUGGUGGGGCAAUCCUGCAAAUAUGUUCCGGAUCUUGCUCUCAUGUCCUUUAUUUUAUUCUGCGGCACUUACACCAUGACCGUCACUCUGAAGAAGUUCAAAUUUAGUCGCUACUUUCCCACUAAGUUGAGGAAGUUAAUUAGUGACUUCUCCAUCUUCAUGUCCAUCAUGACGUUUGUGGGUCUGGACAUGCUAAUAGGUCUGAAAACACCCAAACUCAUUGUGCCCACUGAGUUCAAGCCCACACGUGCUGACCGAGGAUGGUUUGUGAUGCCAUUCGGAAAGAAUCCAUGGUGGGUUUACCUGGCAAGCUUCGUCCCUGCUCUCCUCGUCACGAUCCUCAUCUUCAUGGAUCAGCAGAUCAGUGCUGUUAUCGUCAACCGGAAGGAAAACAAAUUAAAGAAAGGCUGUGGGUAUCACCUGGAUCUAUUGUGGGUUGGCAUUCUGAUGGCAGCCUGCUCUUUUAUGGGUCUGCCAUGGUAUGUUGCAGCCACUGUCAUUUCCAUCGCUCACAUUGAUUCACUGAAGAUGGAGAGCGAGUCUAGUGCUCCAGGGGAACAGCCACAGUUCUUGGGUGUGAGGGAACAAAGACUGACAGGAAUCCUGGUCUUCGUGCUGACAGGAGUGUCUAUUUUCUUGGCCCCGAUCCUGCAGUUCAUCCCUAUGCCAGUCCUGUAUGGAGUUUUCCUCUACAUGGGCGUUGCUUCUCUCAGUGGCAUCCAAUUCUGGGACAGGAUCAAGCUGAUCAUGAUGCCAGCGAAACACCAGCCAGACUUUUCUUACCUGCGUCAUGUGCCGCUCAGGAGAGUACAUCUAUUCACACUGGUGCAGAGGUGCUUAGCAAUACUCUGGAUCCUCAAAUCUACAUUCCUGCCAUCAUCUUUCCCUGUCAUUGUAUGA